AUGGAUAGAAAGAGGCUUAGGAAUACUAGGAACGAUAGUGAAAAUGUAAGAAGCUCCCUUCUAGACAAAAGAACAACAAGUUUAUUUAAGAAAGCAGAAGAGUUUUCUAUUUUAUGUGAUAUCGAUAUUGCUAUAAUUAUUUUUAGCCCGGGAGAAAUCCAACCUAUUGUUUGGAAAUCUACAGAUCUUGCUAAGGAGGUAUUAGUGAGGUAUUCAAAGUUUACUAAGGAAGAAAGGAUUAUAAAAUUAAUGAUACAUGAAAGGUAUCUUUCAAAGAAAGUGGAUGAGAAAGAAGAAAAAAUUGAGAAAAUAGAAAAAAUGAAUGAGGAGAAGGAAAUGGAAAUCCUCUUCAAUCAACUUGUGGAGGGAAAGAAUAUCGCUGAACUUACUGCUAGAGAAAUCCAAGGUUUAUUAAAGUUGUCUAAUACUAAGAUAGCUAAACUUUAUGAGAGAAAGGAAAAAAUCAAUCAACAACAUCAGUCUUCUCAACCUCAAAAUUCUCCCUCAAACAUCAAGUUCCCAAAUGAAAAUGCUACCCUAUUACCAAAUUCAAUGGAUGAUUUGAUCAAUGACAUGUGGUUUUUUGAGACUAUGUCUACUAAUCACCAUUACUUUGACUUAGGGGAUGGAAACAAUAUCGAUUCUUCCCCAAUUGAAGGUGAUGACAUCAGUGCCGGAGAUAAUGGACAUUCCAAGGACCUUGAUUGA